CUUGAGCUCAUCGUCGCCUGAUCGCAGAGAGAGAAUGAACGGAGUAGCGAAGAAAAUCGCUGACGUGACUUUUAAGGCAGGGAAGACCAUAGAUUGGGACGGCAUGGCGAAGCUUCUCGUCUCCGACGAGGCCCGUAAGGAGUUUGUUAACCUUCGCCGUGCCUUCGGUGAGGUCAACUCCGCUCUCCAAACUAAGUUCAGUCAGGAACCAGAACCCAUAGACUGGGAGUAUUACAGAAAAGGAAUUGGCUCCCGCUUGGUUGAUAUGUACAAAGAAGCAUAUGAGAGCAUUGAAAUCCCAAAGUAUGUGGACACUGUCACUCCUCAAUAUAAACCCAAGUUUGACUCACUGUUGGUGGAACUGAAAGAAGCAGAGGAAAUAUCUCUGAAAGAGUCUGAAAGGUUAGGAAAAGAAAUUGCAGAAGUGCAAGAGUUGAAGAAGAAGCUGAGUACCAUGACUGCUGAUGAAUACUUUGAGAAGCAUCCAGAGUUGAAGAAGAAGUUUGAUGAUGAAAUCCGAAAUGAUUAUUGGGGCUAUUGAUCAGUUUUGCCGCCAGUUAUUGGGAUCCCUUUUGAAUUCAUUGCUAUUUGUUUCGGUUUUUAGAAAUAAAAGAUCAAAGAACAACUUGGUUCAUGAUUUGAUUGCUUUGGUAUUUUGACAAUUAUGGAGUGCCACAUACUUUUGAGUUUUGACAUAUCCUAAUGAAGCCUCUGCAAAGAGGCAAAUGAUGAGCAAAUGUAAUUGAGUUGAUUUCCAUUCAAGUACCAAGCACGGGUUGUCUUUUCAUUGAAGCUCUUUCAAAACUGGUUAAUUCUAUUGGGUGAUUGUUUUGCUUAUUUUCCUGCUUGAUCUAAAG